UUUCCCCCAUCCUCUAUAUUCGCGACAUUCCUGACCUCACCCACCCCCUCAGAGAGGCUGAAUUUUCCGCUUCGCACAUUGAACAAGUUUGAGCCUUGGCGGCCGCCGUACGCUGCUAGCUUGUGGCAUUAGGGUUCGGUCUUGGCAUUGGGAGGUGCUGAUUGCUAGUCCAACUGCAGCCGGGGAAGGACCGGUUUUGCUAGAACAGUUUGCGGUAUGCUGUAAAGAAAAGGGCGAGCGGUACAAAGAGAGGAUGCUGCGCUUUGUAACCCGUGCCUCCUGUCCACCCCUUAUCUUUGAUAACGAUCCCUCCAGGACUGGCAGCCAGGGGAUCCCGGAGUCCUUCUGAUACCCACAAGCCCCUUGGGCAUUCUUGUCCGGGCCAUGACCUGUAACCCGAGCGGCUUUCUUACCCCUCUGCUUACAUCAGCAAAUUAGUAGCCACCGGGCCGGAAGGCGCUCAGCUUGGCGUGUCCCCACGGCACAGGGAUUCCCGUCUUUGUGGUUACCCUGGGUAUUGUCAGGAAGGGAAGAAUGGCCAACCAGCCCGUCAUCCUCAACGUGUAUGAUAUGUACUGGAUUAAUGAAUAUACAUCCUCCCUCGGAAUAGGUGUUUUCCACUCUGGAAUUCAGGUAUAUGGAAGAGAGUUUGCUUAUGGUGGACACCCCUAUCCAUUCUCUGGUAUAUUUGAAAUCUCUCCGGGAGAUUCCAGCGAACUGGGAGACACUUUCAAAUUUAAAGAAGCGAUAGCCCUGGGGAGCACAGAUUUUACAGAAAAUGAUAUUGAAAAAAUAAUAGAGGAACUAGGAAAAGAAUUCAAAGGAAAUGCCUAUCAUCUCAUGCACAAAAACUGCAACCACUUCUCAUCAGCUUUAUCAGAGAUCCUCUGCGGGAAAGAGAUUCCGCGUUGGGUUAACAGACUAGCCUACUUCAGUUCCUGUGUCCCAUUUUUGCAAAGCUGCCUACCCAAGGAAUGGCUGACCCCGGCUGCUUUGCAGUCUAGCAUAAGCCAGGAACUCCAAGAAGAACUGGAGGAAGCUGAAGAUGCUGCUGCGUCAGCCACAGCCUCCACCUCCACGACUGCAAUGCCUAGACCUGGGCGCCACACAAAACUAUAGGAGAAUACCUUUGGGGGACCUUCAAGGAGAAGAAUGAAUUAGCAACGUUUAGCAACGUGAUCUCCAGCAACUGAUAAUUCCUUUCCAACAAUUGGGAUGUGAGAACACAACAUUUUCCUUCUCAGCUCAGGAUCCUAUUUGUAUUCAGCAAAAUACAUGUGAUGAAACAUGUUAAAGCCACUUUGUCAUCCAUUUGUUAUUGCUCCUAUAUUAUAUCAUACAUGUCCUGCCUUUGUUUUAGUAAUUGUGUUAUGUAUAUUUUUUCAGUAUUUUGGAUUGUUAUGGUUUACAAGUCUCACUGCAUCUCACUGCUAUCAAAAGAAAGGGAUAAAAAUAUGGUUGUUAUGGUCUUUUACCUCAUAUUUACAGAUAUAUACAAAUAUAAGUGUAAUGCAGCAACACAACUGCUUACAGAUGUUUAGGGCAGGUUUCAUACAAGGGCUUAAGUGGCUUUUCUAGGCUCCUACUCUGUAUAAGGCAUUUGCCAGAUCCGUUGCUUUUUCACCUGAGGGAAAGCUUGCGUUGCUGGCAUAUAAAGCACACAAAGCCAAACAAGGGAAGGUAAAAUCACUGGUUGCACUUUAGCAGUUUUUUUCUUCCUCUUUAUAAUGUACUGCUAAAUAACACUAAUCUAGCCAUGCUAUUCAACCAUAGCCAACUGAUACUGAAUGCCCAUCGGCCAUUGGAGUGAGUUGUUUGCACUGUUAAUGCAGUUGUUGAGGAGGCAGAACAGGUUGGCCAGUAACACCACUAGCACAUGUAUGGCGUUCAUCAGUAGGGGUUGUGUUAUCAAAAUGGCUGUUAUGAUAAUUGCCUUUCGUUCAGGGGACAUAUUUAUCAAGGGUGAAUCUAAUGAUGUUUGCGGUCACCUGCUUCUUAAUUUAUCCUCUCAAUAAUUCCAUAGGAGUCAACUAUACUGGGGAGAAAAAUGUGGAAACAAUUAACCCAAAAUUGGUUUUGGGUUGAAUUGCAUUAUUUAAUGUGGCCCAAUGUAUCUCAGACCUCAAAGAUUGAAUACAGACAUAUUCAGGUGCAUUAUUUAUAUGUUGUGCUGGUUGUUCUGGCAGAGUACAGGAAUUAAAUUAUAUAUACAGGUAUGGGACCUAUUAUUCAGAAUGCUCGAUACCUGGGGUGUGAAUCUCUGAACUUUGGGCCUUCAGUAGGAAUGAAUUAUAUCUUAGUUAAGAUCCAGUACAAGCUACUGUUUUAUUAUUACAAAGAAAAGGGAAAUUAGUCUGAAGAUUUCAAUUAUUUAAAUACGAUGGAAGAUGGCUUUCCUGUAAUUCAGAGCAUUCUUGGUAACAGAUCCUUAGCUGUAUGUACUAUAGAAAUAAUUUAUUUCAUUUGUUUAUGCAGUUAAAAGUAGAGUUUGGGCACUACUACUAUUUCCUGUGUUUUAAAGAUGGUGAAAUAAAAUGUAACUGCAUUUGCAAAUAUUUUGUUUUAAUGACUAUAAGUAGUCGUUUCCUACUUUUCACCUACAAAAUUAACUAAAAAUGUCAAUUGGCCAAAUAAAGCCAGUUGUCAGGGGGUGCCCAAACUUUUUCUUUUAAUUGUAUAAAAUGGCAGUGAAUAACUAAUUGUAAACAUUGGUUGUCAUAGAAACCAAAUGUUGGAGGGAGAAAUCAAUCCUCUCUGAUGCAUGAAUCCUAUAUUUUAUUGUGAUGUGGUGUUGCAAGCUCCAAAAGAAUUGCUAUUCACUUUUGUUGUAGAAAACCUAGCACAUCUCUAACUUUUGCCUAAUGGUGUCAGUAACCCCAAAGGUCAAACAUUUUGCUCUGAAACUGAAGUUUUUUUUCUGUUGCACAAAUGCCCUUUACAUUGUUACACACCCGACUGUCAUAAAUAUUUGCCUUUUAUUAAAGGGGCAGUUCACCUUUACAGUUGGUAUUUGUUAUUUAGCUCUUUUUCAGCAGCUCUCCAGUUUGGUAUUUUAGCUGCUAUCUGGUUACUAGGGUCUUAUUUACCCUAGCAACCGGGAAAUAGAUUGAAUAUGAAUAGGAGUGGGCCUGCUUAGAAAGAAUUGGAAUAAAAAGUAACAAUAAAAUUGUAGCCCUACAGAGCAAUCAUGUUUGGCUCCUAUUUGAAAGCUGGAAAGAAAAGAAAAAGCCAAAUAAUUCAAAAACUAUAAAGAAUAAAUAAUAAAAACCUAUUGCAAAGUUGGCAUAAGACAUUCUAUAACAUACUAAAACCUAACUUAAAGGUGAAACACCCCUUUAAGAAAGCUCUCACAAGACUGGUGGUCACAUAUAUAAGUGUAGCCAUGUCUUGAUAGGGUUCAUACUUGACAAAAUAUGCAGGGGUUUAUAUAACAAUGUUAUGGACCAUCUUCUAUUAUAAUAGUGUUUUAGGCCAAUGAACCACAGUUUUAUCAAAUACACUGUCAGAAUCAUUAUGUUCCUUUUGUCCUGGAAUCUAUAUUCCAAUCUACAUAUUGUUUCUGUGUUUACAUUAGCAUUUCAUAUUCAUAUUAAUGUUAGAAUUGUGCAGAGACUGUGUACUGACCCACCAAAGAGAAGGGUACAUCUGUUGUAGCGCCUCGUGGUAUUAUAUUGAGCUGGACCACAGGCAAGUAUUCAGCUGUUACACACAUUUGAAGUCCUUAAGUGAAAUUAAGGUGCCCGUCACUUUGUACACUGGUGAAAUCCGAAUUGUGAAGUAUUUUUGUAACUACAUUUUAAGUGUAAUAAAUUUGGGUGCAGAUUUGUUAGUAA